AUGACGUUUGAAGAUUCUCAACUAUCCACUUCCACCCUAGCUCCUCCACCAUUGAAGCCUGCUGUAACUUGCUCUUUGCCUCCUCCACCACCCCCUGUCAAACCUGUGAGCUACGGCUACUCUGCAGUUCCAGAUCAACUAAUAACCUACGAAAUGCCAUUGACACCAGUAACUUACAAACCACCAGCCUCGGCUGUCUGCUACGAGUACUCUUACCCAGCUGUGAAACCUGUAGUGCCGAAAUUUCUCAAAACACCGAUUGUACCACUGAAACCAGUCCGGUACAUUACUGCACCCCACUUUCAACAUUCUACUCCAACUCCACUGAAGACUCUCAAGUAUUCAAAAACAGUGCCUGCAGUUAGCUAUGAAUACUUACCUCCGCCCAGUGUGUACUUAACUCCUUCCACCCCGACAGUGAGCUACAAGUAUUCCAUUCCAGCUCCAACAGCAGUUUCCAACGGUUACAAAUCGACCACGUCAAUUCUAAAACCCCUAGUUGAUUUCCCUCCUGUUCAGUUUUUAACUCCCGCUCCUGUUCAUUUUGAAUACUCUACUCCAGUUCCAGACAAAACCUACUACUAUUCAACGACUCCAGUAAGCUAUUAA